AUGCACUCAUUUGCCUUUGAAGCGCUUUCUGCGUUAUUUGCACUCAUAAAUCAUCAACAAGGAAAGCUGCAAGAUGUUUUUGCAGGAAGAAAUUCAGGCGAAAAACAAAUUGUUCUUCUUAUAGAAUCUGCUUCCAACAUUUGUUGUGACGUCAAGAGAGCUACGAUUAACAUUUGGGAUGAAUGCAAAUUCGAUGUCACCACAAAAUUGCAUCAACAGCUCGCUUUUCAAUUAGAUAAAUGGUCGAAGUUCCUACAACGAACUGAGCUGAGACUUGAGAAACAAAAGAAAAAGAAAGAAACAUUCAAGCGUGAACAACUGUUUAUGAAAGCACACUUUCAGUGA